UACAGAACUAUUUCAGGUGGUUGUAUUUCCAUCCAAUCAGAUAGUAAUGGGUGUUUACGGUGUAGUUGCGGCACAGACAUGGCUCCACAUGCAGAAGUACUGGUGUUAUAACCUUGAUUGAUCAGCCUCUUCGUUUGAGACAAGCCUAAAAGAGCAACAUGCAGGCUGCUAUGGAUAUCACGGCAAAGUAUUGCCAUAAAGAAAUGGAGGCAUAUGGGUCAUGUGUGGCCUCCAACCCAUCAACAUGGCAGUUAAAGUGUCAGGAACUGAAGAUGAAGGUUGCACAGUGUACAUCAUCACACCCAGUGAUCCAGAAGAUCAGACAGGAUUGUUCCAUGGAGUUUGUGGAGUUUGAGCGCUGUCUGGUAGAAAACCAGAACACACCUACCUCCUGCUCACCUCAUGUGGCUCGCUUUCUGGCCUGUGCAGAGACGGUAGACAUCAGUGGAGUGGAUCCGGGACCUCAGCCAUCGUAGCAUUCAGACAUCUUCCAUCUCCUUCAGAUUACUCCUGUCUCCACAGCAACACAGAUGGGCUGGUUUUACACGUGUCCCAGCCAUGUUACUGUAUGUACAGUGACGGUUAGGAUAACUGUUCCUCUGUGUGACUAUUUGUCUUUCUUCAACAAAGAUAGGAAUGCAACAGUACUGUGAGUUAGACAGGUUGUGUAGAAUAUUUAAUUACCGCAUCGUCCUUUUCUCGUACUCCUCCUGUAAAUGUUGUGUCCAUGUGAAAAUAACAUUUAUACUUGCCUGUAUGCAGGAAGAUUUUUAUUGAACGAUCUCAUUAAAAUUGACUUCAGACUUGUGUUACUCA